ACCGUACCGCUGGCAUUUCACAACUCCCCCCACCUAGGCUGGGUUUGUACAGGGAUUUUGAUCUCUUUGUCGCCUUCCUCGGAAAGAAACAAGAAACGCUGCUUCUCCAUUUCUAGGGUUCCGGUUUAUUUGAUUCGAAAGCUUUGUAUUUACAGGAUAACAAUCUAGUCGCACCAAGAGAAAACGAAGCGAACAGCUCCGGUAUCGGAUGAGAUCUAUCUCAACCUUCUCGUUAAGAGCUUCUGACUGGGGCACUUGUUGUGAACUGUAGUGGAAGUGCUUGUAUUUUUUUAUUCCAAUUGCACAUAGUAGUAAGGCAUGGAAUCAUCUGGGGCAAAGGUUCUAUAUUCUUCACUUUCUGCACUUGACAAAAAGAAUACUAGGUACCAGUAUGAUGAAGACUAUGGUGAUGAUGCCUGGACUGUGCAUGAAGGCAGGAGUACCUGCAUUAUGGGCUCAAGGGUCUCAAAACAAGAUAACCCGUAUCAAUUAUCUGCUGAUUCAGAUGAUUUUCUUGAUGGAGAGUAUGAUUCAAGUGAGGAAGCAUUGAAUUCUCUGCCACCUAGCAUGCCUCCAGAGGUGAAUUUGAAAAAUGUGUUGAGCGGUAUGGUUGCUAUUCUGCUGGGCCGCAAUAAAAGUUCAAGUGUUAUUGAUGGUCCAAUGAACUCCAGUUCUAAUGUGUCCUUUCUGGGAUCUGGAAAGAAUGGAGAUAGUUUUUUGCAUUCAUCAGUCUAUAUACCAAGUGCUCCACCACUUUUUGAGCCAAAUGGGAUCAACUACAGUGCUUAUAGGGAAGUCUUGGAGGCUGAACCUCCAGAAUGGCUUCCGGAUAGUUCUACUACAGUGUGCAUGCAGUGCACUGCACGCUUUACAGCACUUACUCGUGGCAGGCAUCAUUGUCGGUUCUGUGGAGGUAUUUUCUGCAGAGAAUGCACAAAGGGAAGGUGUUUGUUGCCUGUUAAGUUUAGGGAGAGGAAUCCUCAGAGAGUGUGUGACACCUGUUAUGAUAGACUAGAUCCACUCCAAGGGGUAUUGAUACAUUCUGUCAGCAAUGCUGUGCAAGUUGCAAAGCACGAUGUCAUGGACUGGACAUGUACAAGAGGGUGGUUAAAUUUGCCAGUGGGGUUAUCCAUGGAACAUGAAAUAUACAAAUCGUCUAAUACCUUGAGGACUUACUGCCAGGUUUCUAGGUUGAACCCCGAGAGGUCUAUACCCUUGGCAGUUCUGAAAGGAGCCAAAGGCUUAGCAAUUAUUACAGUUGCUAAAGCUGGUGUACUUGUCACAUACAAACUGGGUACUGGUCUGGUUGUUGCUCGGAGGUCAGAUGGAUCAUGGUCUGCACCAUCAGCCAUCUUGUCUCUUGGUUUAGGAUGGGGAGCUCAGGUUGGGGGUGAGCUUACGGACUUUAUAAUAGUGCUCCACGAUUCUAAAGCUGUGAAGACUUUUUGUAGUCGCAUGCAUUUUUCCCUUGGAGCUGGUUGCAGUGCUGCAGCAGGACCUGUAGGCAGAGUUUUGGAAGCAGAUCUUCGAGCUGGAGAUAGGGGGUCAGGCAUGUGCUAUACAUACAGUUGCAGCAAGGGAGCAUUUGUGGGGAUUUCACUGGAGGGAAACAUAGUUGCGACAAGGAUGGAUACUAACCUGCAAUUCUAUGGUGAUCCCUAUCUAACAACGACGGAUAUUCUUCUGGGGAUAGUGGAAAGACCGAAGGCAGCUGAGCCACUGUACGUUGCCCUUGAUGAUCUCUAUUCUAAGCUGUACGACGUCAGCUAGCUUUCUCUGUGUUAUUUCAAUGUACAUAGCCUAUUUGUCUGCAAAGCUACGUAGUUCUCUGUUAGAAAAAGUCACUCGUGGACCCAUAUUGAUACUUGUGGACCGAAAACCGUUUCACUUUCUUCUUCCAGGUUCUGUGAUGCAAAUGAUUGAUGCCUAAGUUGUACAGAUAAUUCCCAAAGUAAUAUAACGGUAUAUAAUUUAUAGCUUGUUCAUAUC